AUGUCCUCCACCGUCAACAACGGGGCAGCCGGCAUGCCCGCCCCGCCCGACGCCGCCAACGGCUUCCCGCAGCCCGGCGCCUCGUCCGGGGCCUGGCCGCGCGCGGACGAGGAGCUGCGCGCCGCCGAGCCGGGGCUGGCGAAGCGCGCGCACCGCGAGAUCCUGGACCACGAGCGCAAGCGGCGCGUGGAGCUCAAGUGCAUGGAGCUGCAGGAGAUGAUGGAGGAGCAGGGGUACUCAGAGGAGGAGAUCCAGCAGAAGGUGGGGACCUUCCGGCAGAUGCUGAUGGAAAAGGAGGGAGUGCUCACCAGGGAGGACCGGCCCGGGGCCCACUCCUUGGCGGAGACCCCGCGGCUGGCCGAAGGCGCCGAGCCCAGCCUGGGGUACGAGGCCUUCGAAGAGGAGGACGAGGGCCCCGAGGACUGCGGCUGCCCGGCCGCUUGCUACCGCGGGCACCGGGGGUACAGGACCAAGCACUGGUCCAGCAGCUCCACCUCGCCCCCACCCAAGAAGAAGAAGAGGAAGAAGGGCGGCCACCGGAGAAGCCGCAAAAAGAAGAGACUAGAGUCGGAGUGCAGCUGUGGGAGCACCUCACCCCUGCGCAAGAAGAAGAAGAGCAUGAAGAAGCACCGCAGAGACAGGUCUGAUUCUGGGUCUCGGAGGAAAAGACGGCACAGAUCUCGAAGUCCCAAGAGCAAAAGAAAAGAAAAGAACAAAGAGAGAAAGAGGCCUCACCCACAGUCCCCGGGCCGGAGACUCCACCGGCGCAGCAGCGGCAGCUCCCACAGCCCCUCGGGGUCCUCUCCCUGCACUGACUCCGGAUCGCCGGGCAGGCUGAGCCCCAAACACCGAGGCUACGCGCGGAGGACGGGCAGCCAGCGGUCUAGCGGGAGCCGGUCGCCUUCCCCGUCGGGCGGCAGCGGAUGGGCAUCGCCGCAGCAGAACGGCGGCGGCAGGCAGCGAAGCGGAGCGCACGGCGACCGCCCGGACUCGGCGCACAGUCCGCCCGAUAAGCCCAGCUCGCCCUCGCCCAGGGCCCGCGACCAGGUGGCGGCCGCCGCACCCACGCCGCCCGCGCGGGGCAAGGACAGCCAGACCCCGCGCGCGGCGGGCACGGAGGCCAAGCGGCGGCGGCGGCGGCGGCGGCGGCGGCGCUCCCGGUCCUCGGCGUCCGCGCCCCGUCGCAGGGGCCGCCGGCGGGCCCGGCCCCCGCCGCCCCGGGGUUCGUCGCGCUCGCUCAGCAGGGCCCGCUCCAGCAGCGACUCCGCCAGGGGCGCCCCGGGUCCCGGGCCCGAACCGGGCUCUGAGCGAGGCCACGGUGGACACGGGAAACGGACGAAGGAGCGGCCCCCGCGCGCUCGGCCCGUGAGCACCUCGCCGUCCCCGGGCCCGCACGGGAGGCGUGGCGGCCCGGAGGGAAAGAGCUCGUCGCGCAGCCCGGGCGCGCACCCGCGUUCCUGGAGCUCCAGCCGGUCGCCCUCCAAAUCCCGCUCGCGCUCCGCAGAGAAGCGGGCCCGCAGCCCCAGCCGCUCGCCGUCGCCCAAGAAAGCGCUCGGCCGGGACAAGGACGGCGAAGGCCGCGCUCGACACGCGGACGGGGAGGCCGCCCGCGCCCGGCGCCGGUCCCGCAGCUACUCGCCCAUCCGCAAGCGGCGCCGAGACUCGCCGAGCUUCAUGGAGCCGCGGCGCAUCACCAGUGCCCGCAAGCGUCCCAUCCCCUACUACCGGCCCAGUCCUUCCUCCUCCUCCAGCUGCCUGAGCAGUGACUACUCCAGCAGGAGCCACAGCCGCAGUCCCAGCCCAGGCCACAGCCACGGAAGCUACAGCAGCCGGAGUCGUGGGACCCGCAGCCGCACGCGCAGCCCCUCCCAGACCCCCAGUCCCAGCUACCACAGCCGGAGCAGCUCAGAGAGCGGAGGGUUCUGAGUCUAGGCAGACCCAGCUGGGACCCCCUGGCACAGGGAGAGGUCAAUACCCAA